AUAAUACAUGAACAUAUAUUACUGAACUGUCAACUAAAAAAAAUUAACUGAUUUCUUGUUCCAUAUUUUAGUUUUUGAAGGAACCAUUGUAUUUUAGUUUUUCAACUGCACAUCCAAUGUCACUACUUUGAAGUUUGAAGUUUGUUUGAAUCCAUAUCCAAGUAUGGAUCCAUUUCCGUAUAACCCAAAACGAAUAGUCCAGUAGAACCCUUAGGCUUAACACAACCUCUCAUUCCUUCUCUCUCCUUCUCUAAAACCCUAGGCUCAGGGCAGCGACCUCACACACACACACCAGAGAGAAAGAGAGAGGGAGGAAGCUUCAGCCAUGGCGGCGUCGUACGAUUACGAAGAAACCCCAGGCUACGACGAUUCGCACCGCUCCCACCACCACCAUGCGCAGACGCAAGAUCUAGGCUACGACCCUAACUUCGUCCCGGAUUCCGUCAAGAGCUUCGUCGGCCACCUCUACCGCCACAUUCGCGAGAAGAACGUAUACGAGAUUCACCAGAUGUACGAAGGCUCCUUUCAAACCCUAAGCGACCGCAUGUUCAAGGAGAGCCCCUGGCCCUCUGUCGACGCCGUCGCGCAGUAUGUGGACAAUGAUCACGUCUUCUGCUUGCUUUAUCGCGAGAUGUGGUUUCGGCAUCUCUAUGCGAGGUUGUCGCCAACGUUGAAGCAGAGGAUUGAUUCUUGGGACAAUUACUGUAGCUUGUUUCAGGUGGUGCUGCAUGGAGUUGUUAACAUGCAAUUGCCGAACCAGUGGCUGUGGGACAUGGUGGAUGAAUUUGUGUACCAGUUCCAGUCAUUUUGUCAGUACCGUGCAAAAAUGAAGAGCAAAACUGAGCAGGAGAUCGCCCUUCUUAGGCAGUUUGAUCAGGCUUGGAAUGUGUAUGGUGUGCUCAACUACUUGCAAGCACUUGUUGAGAAGUCCACAAUCAUCCAAAUCCUUGAGCAGGAGAAGGAAGGCCUUGAGCAGUUUACUGCCACUGAUGGGUAUGAUUACAAUGGUGGAAGUAAUGUCCUCAAGGUUUUAGGGUAUUUUAGCAUGGUGGGAUUGUUGCGAGUUCAUUGUCUGUUGGGUGAUUACCAUACUGGUCUGAAGUGCUUGCUACCUAUUGACAUAAGUCAACAAGGUGUUUAUACAAGUGUUAUUGGAAGCCACAUUACCACAAUAUAUCAUUAUGGAUUUGCCAAUCUUAUGCUGAGGAGAUAUGUGGAGGCAAUUCGUGAAUUCAAUAAGAUUCUCCUAUACAUCUACAAGACCAAACAAUAUCAUCAAAAGUCUCCACAGUAUGAGCAGAUACUAAAGAAGAAUGAGCAGAUGUAUGCCUUGCUGGCAAUUUGCCUCUCUCUAUGCCCCCAGGUGAAGCUAGUUGAGGAGACUGUGAACUCUCAAUUACGAGAGAAGUAUGGUGAGAAGAUGCUAAGGAUGCAGAGAUAUGAUGAUGAGGCAUUUUCACUCUAUGACGAGCUCUUUUCAUACGCGUGUCCUAAAUUCAUUACCCCUUCAGCUCCAAUUUUUGAGGAGCCACUAGUAAAUUACAACCAGGAUGCCUAUAGGCUCCAGUUGAAGCUGUUCCUUUAUGAAGUCAAGCAGCAACAGUUAUUAUCAGGUGUUCGGGCCUUCUUGAAAGUUUAUUCAACCAUUUCACUAGCGAAGCUUGCAAGUUACAUGGAAGUGGAUGAACCUACUCUAAGGACAAUUUUGAUGACAUACAAGCACAAAACGCAUUCUGUUGACAGUGAUGGAAAAAUAAUAUCCAAUGCUGAUAUUGAGUUCUACAUUGAUGAUGACAUGAUUCAUGUAGUCGAAUUCAAACCUGCUAAGCGGUAUGGUGAUUACUUCUUGCGUCAGAUUGUUAAGCUCGAAGGGGUGAUAAAUGAUAUGGACAGGGUAAAGCUGGACUGAGUUGGUUCUUUUGACGCUCAUAGAUUCACCCAUAUCAUCAUCAUCUUCCCUCCUUCCCAGUUGUUUAGUUUGGUAGUCAGCAGAGAAUUAUAUUUUUAAUAUUUAUGCCAUUUUGUUGGUUAGUGAAAUCUUGGCAUAGUUUUGCAAUUUCCAUUUUUGUUUUUCUCAGUAGAAAUGUGAACUUGAAUAGAAGCGCACUGCUGUCAAGAGGUCACCGCCUAUCUAUGAUGGGGAUUACUGUUGCAGAUGCUGGGCUGCUGGAUCUUGAUUUAUCUGAUUCAUUCAAAAGUGUCGGAUAACAUACUUCUGUAUUUCUGCGUCUUCUUUGUGUAAAUUUAAAUCUAUCAUUAUAAUGGUAGUAGCUUCUGUGUCUCUA